CACCAGGUGAAACCGUAAACAAAGUGCGGCAGAACGCACACUCAUGCACGAUUGCAGAAUUCCUCUACGAAUUUCAUCAAAUUAGACCGGAAUUUUCGGUGUAAAUCGCUUAGGGAGUUUCCAUCAACCCAUCCGGCAGCCAAAAGUCAGAAUGAAAGACGCCAAGUCGGUUGGACUUCGGCUGAUGUGCUGGUGGCUUUUGCUCCUGCCUCAGGUGAAAACUGAUCAAAUCUCCUCGUGCUCGCAGCCGUUCCCCGUGCUGAAGAACGACAACCUGCUGCGGGCCGCCCGCGGCGAGGUGGUGGACCGCGUGCCCGUGUGGGUGAUGCGUCAGGCCGGACGCUAUUUGCCCGAGUUCCAGGAGCUGCGCAAGCAGCACGACUUCUUCACCGUCUGCCGCACCCCGGAGCUGGCCUGCGAGGUGACCAUGCAACCACUGCGACGCUUCGACCUGGACGCCUCCAUCAUCUUCUCGGACAUCCUGGUCAUUCCGCAGGCACUGGGCCUCACCGUGGAGAUGCACGCUGGCGUGGGUCCCGUCCUGCCGCAGCCCAUCGUGGUGCCCGAGGACCUGAAGCGCCUGACUCCGGACGGCGCCGUGUCCCGCCUGGGCUACGUGGGCGACGCCAUCACCAUGAUGCGGCACAAGCUGGAGGGGCGAGUGCCCCUCAUCGGCUUCACCGGUGCGCCCUGGACGCUCAUGGGCUACAUGAUCGAGGGCGGCGGCAGCAAGACCAUGUCCAAGGCCAAGGCUUGGCUCAACGACUAUCCGGAGGACUCCAAGCUGUUCCUCAACCUGCUGACCGACGCCAUUGUGGACUACCUGGAGAUGCAGGUGAAGGCGGGCGCCCAAAUGCUGCAAGUGUUCGAAUCCUCGGCGGAGCAUCUGUCCAAGGAGCAGUUCCUGCAGUGGGGAACGCCCUACUUGAAGAGAAUACGCGACGAGCUGGUGGACCGGCUCACCAAGAAGGCAAUUCCAUUGGUGCCCAUGACGCUGUUUGCCAAAGGUGCUGGACACUCGCUGAAGGAGCAGAGCGAACUGGGCUACGAUGUACUCGGACUGGACUGGACUGUGGAUCCCCUGGAGGCGCGCAAUGUGGUGGGGCCGAACAUAACGCUGCAGGGCAACCUGGACCCGCAGGACAUGUACCGCGAUCCGGAGGAGCUGCGCAACCUCACCACCGAGAUGGUGCACAAGUUCGGCAAGUCGCGCUACAUCGCCAAUCUGGGGCACGGCAUCACGCCCCAGACCCCGAUAACGAGCAUGGAGGUGCUGGUGGAGGCGGUGCACAAGGCCUUAUAGGCUCGCCCCUAAUCUUUUCCUUUAAUGAUGCUUUUAUCGAAUGCAAUAAAGACAAUUGGCCUUGGGUUUAGGGUAA